AUGGCUGCGAACACAAAGUUCCUACGAGAGUAUAAGCUCGUCGUUGUCGGUGGCGGUGGUGUCGGUAAAUCAUGUUUGACUAUCCAGUUGAUCCAGAGCCACUUCGUAGACGAGUACGAUCCUACAAUUGAAGACUCGUACCGAAAGCAGUGCGUUAUCGACGAAGAGGUCGCCCUGCUCGAUGUUCUCGACACAGCUGGCCAGGAGGAGUAUAGCGCCAUGCGCGAGCAGUACAUGCGCACCGGAGAGGGAUUUCUACUAGUCUACUCCAUUACUUCGCGACAAAGCUUCGAGGAAAUCACCACAUUCCAACAACAGAUUCUGCGAGUCAAGGAUAAGGACUACUUCCCCAUGGUCGUUGUUGGCAACAAGUGCGAUCUGGAAGGCGAGCGAGAUGUGUCACGACAGGAGGGAGAGGCCCUAGCCAGAUCAUUCGGCUGCAAGUUUAUCGAGACCUCAGCCAAGUCUCGAAUCAAUGUCGACAAGGCCUUCUACGAUAUCGUACGAGAGAUCCGAAGAUAUAACCGCGAGAUGCAGGGUUACUCGACCGGCAGCGGUGGCACCUCUGGCGCCAACGGACCCCCUAAGCCCAUGGAUAUGGACAACGGCGAGCAAGAAGCUGGAUGCUGUGCCAAGUGUGUGCUCAUGUAA